GGAAGUACACGCUAUGUGCGUCCUAACUUGACACGUGAACAAAAAUCGAUGGAUCUCCUGCAGGAGCAGUGAAACUCGUGGCGAAAUCAAAGUUCCUUUCCCCAGACCUGCUUCUUACCCAGCUAUGCAGCUCCAGGAGUGGUGGCGUUCGUUUUGCUCCCAUGCGGGACUCGGAGGGUCUGAAGCCGAGAAGCUGUGGAGCCUCCUGCCGUCCCUGCCGUCCCUCUCCCUGUCCACCUCCUCCCUGCUGGGCUUAGGAGCCCUGGCGUCCCUCACCGUGUACUGGCUGCUCACCCGUCCCCGGCCCCUCCGUCCUCCCUGUGAUCUACAGGCCCAGUCUGUGGCUGUCGGGGGAGACCCCAGCUGCAGGAGAUCUGCUCUUCUUAAAGACGACAAUCUGCUGGAGUUCUACUACGAAGACACCAGGACCGUCUAUGAGAUGUUCCAGAGGGGUCUGAAGAUCUCAGGAGACGGUCCGUGUCUGGGCUACAGGAAGCCAGGCCAGCCCUACGAGUGGAUCUCCUACUCCGAGGUGGCUCAGCAGGCCCAGUGGAUGGGGAGCGGCAUGAUUGUCAAAGGUUGCCAGCAGUUUGUCGGGGUUUACUCUACAAACAGACCUGAGUGGGUCAUUGCAGAGAUGGCCUGCUACACCUACUCCUUGGCUCUGGUGCCUCUGUACGACACGCUGGGGGUGGAGGCCAUGGUCCACAUCCUCAACCUCGCCGAGAUGUCCCUGCUGGUCUGUGACCGCGAGGAGAAGGCAGCGUUGUUGCUGGAUUGCAAGGAGAAAGGACUGACUCCCAAGAUCUCCUGCCUGGUUCUGUUCAACGACUUCAGCCCGGCCUUUGGAGAGAGGGCCAAGAAGUGCGAGGUGGACGUCCUGACCCGGCAGCAGCUCAUGGAGCUGGGCAAGCAGAACCUCAGAGAUCCCGUGCUGCCCCGGCCUCAGGAUCUGGCAGUGGUUUGCUUCACCAGUGGAACCACAGGGAAGCCCAAGGGAGCCAUGAUCACCCACGGGAACAUCGCCUCCAAUACUUCCUCUGUCAUUAAGAUCCUGGAGGGUUCGUUCGUGAUCCGGCAGGAGGACGUGUCCAUCUCCUACCUGCCUCUUGCCCACAUGUUUGAGAGGAUGAUCCAGCUCACCAUGUACUGCUACGGAGCCCGAGUGGGAUUCUUCCAGGGGGACGUUGCUCUUCUCAUGGAUGACAUCAAAACCCUCAAACCGACCCUCUUCCCCGUUGUGCCUCGUAUUCUUAAUCGCAUCUACGAUAAGAUCCUGGGUUCUGUGACCUCGCCGUUCCGGCGGGCUCUGCUCCACUACGCUGUCAGGAGGAAGCAGGCCGAGCUGUGCAGGGGGAUCGUUAGGAACAACAGUCUGUGGGACAAACUGGUGUUCAGCAGGAUUCAGGCCAGCUUAGGAGGUAAUCUCCGGUUCGCCUUGACUGCCUCAGCACCCAUCUCCUCCACAGUUCUGUCCUUCCUCAGAGCCACCAUGGGCUGCAUGAUCUGCGAGGGCUACGGUCAGACGGAGUGCACCGGAGGCUGCACCUUCUCCCUGAUAGGAGACAGCAGCACGGGUCACGUCGGAGCUCCUUUACCAUGCGCCAUGGUGAAGGUGGUGGACAUCCCUGAGAUGAACUACUUUGCAAAGAAUGGCGAAGGAGAGAUCUGCAUCCGUGGCCCCAGCGUGUUCAAGGGUUAUCUGAAGGACCCGGAGAAGACGGCGGAGGCCCUGGACGGCGACGGCUGGCUCCACACCGGGGACGUGGGCCAGUGGCUUCCAAACGGCACGCUGCGCAUCAUCGACAGGAAGAAGCACAUCUUCAAGCUGUCCCAGGGAGAGUACGUGGCUCCGGAGAAGAUCGAGAACGUCUACGUGCGCUCCGUUCCUGUCCUCCAGGUCUUUGUGCACGGAGACAGCUUACAGUCCUACGUUGUCGGGAUAGUCGUGCCCGACAAAGAGGUGUUUGUUGACUGGGCCAAGGAGCGGGGCUUUGUGGGGUCCUACCAGGAGCUGUGCCAGAACCCUGAUGUGAAGAAGGCAGUAUUAGAAGACAUGAGAGACGUGGGCAAGGAGGCGGGGCUCAAGUCCUUCGAACAGGUGAAGGAUCUGUAUUUACAUCCGGAGAUGUUCAGCGUCGCCAACGGCCUUCUCACGCCCACCCUGAAGAGCCGGCGCACCGACAUCCGCCGGGUGUUUCAAGAACAGCUGGCCAACAUGUACAAGACUCCAGUUUAGCUCCAGAACGCCGUAGGGUCAGCCGGGUGUAAAAAAGGGAAAUACUGUCGACGGUACCUGAAGAAAAUUAGUCCCGCUGCUUUGCUUUUCAGACAUUUUAACUCCACUCUGUGACGUGAUUCCAUUCUCCGCCGUUGUGUGGAGACUGCGUAUCUGGUCAAUGGUCCCGUUCUCACUGUCACCUCUAAUUCCUGCCUGUAACUCACUGGAGAUCGUCGUUAGGAUGUCACCUUCACCAACUGUUUGACAUUUUGUUCACGCUGCACUUCUUUCAAGGAGAUUUUAAAGAGGCCAAGUGUACAUUUUGCUCAUAAAAGCUACGUUACCUGUAGGUUUGUGUUGUACAGACGUCAGGGACUCAUAAGCAUUUAUACCCGUUGAACUUUUCCUAUUUUUUUGAAUGUUACAACCAUAAACUGUCAUGUAUUAAGUUCAGAUUUUAUGUAGUAAAGCAACAAAGUACAGAGUUCCUCCAAAAUCUCCAUUUUAACAUUCCAUACUUUUCUAUGGUCAAUUUUCAAGCUAUUUUGUUUAGUUUGUAUGCAAUAGUUGCCUUUUAAGUACAAAACACUUGAGUUUUAUUAUGUUUUUCAAUGCAGGUAUCAUGAAACAGCACAUUGCUGAAAUUAACGAGCUACUGUUGAAAUCCAGAGAAACUCAGAUCAGUCAAAUUCUGUUAUAGCGCAAACAUUUGGACCGGAUUGUGUCAGAUUAAAUACAGAUAACUUCAGUUUAGUCAUUAAUUUCAGGUCUUUUAACAUUUCAACCAAACUCAUUUUUAGGCCUGGGUCUAUUUUAAAGCUCUGAGGUUAAUGGAUCAAAAAGUAAAAAAAUAAUAAUAAUAAUGGAUUUAAAUGUGACAUUUUUGUUUUAUUGUUGAACAAAUGUUGAGCAAAAGAACAGAAACUAAAGUUGUGAUGGAGCAAAUCACAGGUGAAGCUCAAAUUCAACUGUGUGUAAACAGGCUUUUAAAAAGAAAUAACAUCUUUGGAUUUACAGAAUAAAGUUUAGAAAUGUACAUUUAUUUCCAUAUUGAAAUUGACUUUUCAAAAUUUAUAUCCAGAUGAACCAAAUCCUAUAUUUUUGCCUGUUUUUCACUUUGAAGGUAGUGAAUAACUGAGGUGGUUAAUUACUUUGCUGAAUAACUUCAAGCUGUGAGUACAGCCUCCAGUUCUGGGGUCAGAUUUACACUAAUCCGUUUCGCUCGCUCUUUUUUCCUAAAUAAUUUGACCACGGUCAGAUUGUGAGUCUGAAUGUUUUAAUGUCUGCCUAUAGAUUCUUGAUUGGAUUAAGCUCUGGGCUUUGACUAGGCCAUUCUAACAGAUGAACAUGCUUCCAUCUAAACCAUCCCAUUGUAGGAUGUUUGGGCUCAUUGUCCUGCUGUCCUUCUAACAUGUUUUUUUUCCUGGAUUGCCCAGUAGUUACCUCAAUUUAUCAUAGAAGCUAAGCAGUUUCCAUAUCUCUGUGUAAGAAAAAGCAUCCCCAUCAUGGUGCUGCCAUCACUUUUCCUCCUGAGGAGGGUGUUUGCGUUCCAGUUUUCCUCUACAUCCAACAUGCUAACAGGCCAAACCCUGAGCAGCACAUCUUCUUUCACAUGUUAAUGUGACUUUUUUGGUUUCUUUCAACAAUAGCUUCAAUCAUGCCGCCCUUUCUAUUCACUGGAUUUUAUUUAUUGGCAUUAAAGGCUGCAUAUAUGUGCAUAACUUUGAGAUUUACAUAAAAAAGUGAAAAAUAAUCAAAUUUACUUUUCAAAUAUGGGCCAUUUCAUGUUGAUCUAUCACAAAAAUCCCAGUAGAAUACGUUGACAUUUAUGGUUGUAAUGUUGAAGUUUAAAGGGUGUGAAUACUUGUUCCAAGGUUGUUUUUUUUUAUUUUUUAGCUCAGUGGUCACAACUAUGAAGAAGAUGUUAAGCUAAACUCAGAAUUAAUAAUUUCAAUCAUGACUUGUUAGAAAUAAAGGACAAACUGUUCAACUUG